AUGAACAGACGCCAUCAGCCUCCUCCUCCAACGUCGUCAUCCUCCUGCCUUGUUUUCGUCAUCACCAACGACACAAUCAUAUGUUACAACUCACGAUUGAUUUCCUUCGUAAGUUUAGAUGAAAUGGAAUCGAUUCAAAAGGAUUUGUUUAAGAGACAUAGUGAUUAUCAUAUCGUGGAUGAAGAAAUUGGGAUGAAAUUGGACUUCAUUUGGGCACCUUAUGCUACUAAUCUCGCUCAUGUCAUUACAGAAUUCAAAAGAAACAAUACUUACCCAUAUGUGUUAGUGAUGGGUUCAAGUUUAUGGCAUAUGUUACACUUCACAUAUUAUUCCGAUUACAUGGUUUCAUUACGAUUUCUAAGGGAAUCCUUGAUUCCAUUCCUUCCAGUGGGAUUUGCUUCUACUUGGGGAUUCCAUUUGUUUUGGCUAGGCAUGCCAACUUUAAUAAACAUAAUGCCGAAUACAUAA